AUGACCACAAGGGCUACCGGUAUUCCACUAGUAAGCCCUCAAUCAAAUCCGGGAAAGACGAAGAGACGAGGAAGGAAACCAUCUAAAACCGUUAACCCUUCAUCUAGCAAAAUAGAUACCUUAAACUUAAACGUUGAAGCCGAAAGUUCCACACCACCGGAAAAUAAACCUCAAACUCCACCAAAGACUUCACCCAAGAAUUCACCAAACUCAACACCGAACUCCACUCCACCCUCUACACCUCCUACUACACCAAGAAACAUGGCCGAAGACAUGGUUCACCCUUCUGAUAGGACUAUCGGGGAGAGUACUCGAGUCAUUGCACCUAAUAGGGGCUCGGCUAUUCGUCCUCCAACCACCGCUCCAAAUUUCAAUGUCAAAGGUAAUCACUUGUCUCGGGUUGAAGAGAAUCAAUUUGAUGGGGUUGUUAAGUGGGAUCCGUAUGAUCAUGUGGAGAAGUUUGAAAAAGUUUGUCGAUUGUUCAAGUAUGGGGAGACUCAAAUGCCACUUGUUAAGCUUGAAUUGUUUCCAUUGUCUCUCACGGGAGAGGCGGCGAAUUGGUAUAAGAAUCUCGAUGACAACAUAUUUGAAACAUGGGAAGAGUUGAGGGAAGGAUAA